UAAUACUGAUGCCGACGAGAAUGAUGAUAACGAAAGUCAGCAGCAACAAUCACCACCUCUUCCGCCACCCAGGCAACCACAUGUUAAUGCUGCUGUUUUACUCAAAAGACAUGCAAGAGCAUUAAGUUUAGGUUUAAGUUCUUCAAUUUCAUCAUCCUCCAGCGAUAAUCCUUCAAAUCAAAACAACAGUACCCACAGUGAUAACGACAAUAAUGAUACUACUAUCAGUAACAGAAAUGAAAGUAACGACAGUGCUGAUAAUGCUAGUAAUGAGUCUACAGGUGCAAAUUCGAGAACAACACCGAGAAAUCUAGUAAACAAUGAUAGUGUGCUUACCGAGACAGAUCAAUUCGAGCAGUUGGUACCUGAAGUACCACCGCCUCCAUACACACCGCCAGAGUCAUCCUAUAUUCGUGGUCGUCGCCGCCCGUCCAACUUUUUCAUUAAACCCAAGACCAGUACCGAACUACGCAAGGAACUGCAAAAACUCAUUGAACAAUCCAAAAAAGAAGCAAACAGUUUGAAGAUCGAAGAGGCAAGAUUGAGAAUGCGAUUGAAUUCUAAGCCCGAAGACUUGGAACGAGUGAAAAGAAAGAUACGAGAAUCGAGUGAAAAAUACAGAAAGAAGAUUGAAGCAGUGAACAAUAAACUGAGACAGACCAGUGCGAGAGAUCAAAAUGUAGAUGGAGGUGAUAGUAGGAAUGAAAUUAGCAUGAAUGAGAAUUAA